AUGAGUAUUGAACAACGUGAGAAUGUAGUGAUGCGUCUAAAAGCACGUUGUAAUGCAUUAUACGACGAUAAUGAGGCAUACGUGGCUCCAUCCGAAGCGCUAUCUCUCUGGCUCCAUGACGUCCAGAUGCUGUUAAAUCAGUACAAUGCUAUACAACUCAAUAAAGAGGUGUGUCAUGCCUAUGAGAGCGGUGUAGCCAUUGCAUCCAAGCAGCGGCAAUUCGAACUCGCCACGGCUUUGACCCAACAGAUGGAAAACAUCGGAUUUCGGCCGACAGAAAGGAUAUAUCAGUAUCUUAUUCGUAACGUGGCGUUGCAGCUGAUUACUGGACCGAAACAGACGUCAAUAAAAGAUCUUCGGGAGCUGCUGAAGGACGUGACUGACGACAUGUGGGAACGUGAGAUCAUGAGUAUCCUGGAAAGAGAAGAAUGGUCAUUGCAACUGAAGACGGAAAAAGAGUUUGCUCUUUUUCAUGACCGACUUAUUGCCGGUAUUGAAAAACAGCUAGACAAGUAUGAAGGUGUUGUUGAUGUGGACCAUAACAAGAAACUGAAACUCAAGAGGUCAAUGGGGCCGUACAAUGAAGCACUUCGUGUGUACGCGGACAAUGGUGUCAAGUUCUCCCGCAUGUUGCAGCUGAUGGUGGCACGUGAUCUUGUAGUGGAUGUAGAAACCUAUGAGGCACUGCUGCUGGGAGCACGUUGGAACGAGAUCCCAGCCACGCUAAGUCAACUUUUGCAGUCAAAACUUGUUGAUGAACUAACUACCUCAGCAUCUGUCACGGCUAGUGAACAUGUGCAUAAUUUGUGGGUUAGUGCUAUGAAGGCCAUUAUAUACUCUAGUACAGAGCGUUUUAGCUCACUGUCGGCUAUCGUGUACAAGAGAGACGUCGACCAACUGAGGAAGGUCUUCCUGUUCGUCGACAAGCAGCUUUCUAACGCGUUUUCUAAAUUCAGUUUUGCUACGACAACACAGUAUGAUGAGGUUUACACGAUGCGCGCGAAGGCUGCGGCCGCGUGCGGGCUUAUUGCCCCUGUCAAAAGGAUUCUCGACGAGUACGUUCAGUGCGCACCCUCCGGUCCAGGUGUCGAGAAACCUGUACUAUCCAAAAAACCAUUUUUGUCGGCAUUGGAGAUCGUCCCGUGGUCAUUGAUGGACGUUCUGAUGCUUUCACGUGAAGAUGCUUUGGCCCGUGCGACGAAUCGAGAUGUGGCAACUUCUCCACGUGUGCUGGAAAUGCGACACAUGUACGAGCGCAUCAUGCGCAAGCUGACCAAGGCUGAAAAGACUAUUGAGAAAAUUCGGCGAAAGCUCAACUUGGAAGAUGGUAAGCUGAAUGAAGACGAGCUGCGCGAACUGCUGGCUCAGCAGGAUAUGGCAAACAUGACUAUGGAACAGGAGGUUAAAAGAGCCACAACUCUUGAGAGAAGGCUUGAAAAUGCCCGCGUUCUUAAGGCUAAUCAAGUACUGAUAAAAGAAUACUUGAAGCGUGCGGACAAGAUGGUGGACUAUGUGCUGAACAAACUGCUAGAUGCAGGCUACGACGUGGAAAACGAUUUGGAUGUGAGCGUCAAGCUUAUGGAACAAUACAUGAACUCUGCUCGACGCUUGGAUAAGCGCCUUACACAGCGACAGAAGCACGUGAGCCCUCAUAUGAUGUAUCGUGUUUUUAAGCAGGUCAAUUUAAUCUCGAGCGCCGUGCAAUGUGGCGUGUUUGACCUACAAGAUCUGAAGACUCGCGAAAAGUUGACCAAUUUUUUUGAGCAUGCCGUAUGCGCAGCCGUGCGCUUUUGGCGUGAAGAGGAAACGGAUGCUCUUGUGCGACAGCAACAACGAUUGCUAGGCACUCAGCAGCUAGCCCCUCGCGAGUACGAUCAGCUCAUCUUCCAACGUGUGACGAGUCUGGACGUACGCGGCGCUCACUCGCUAUUGCAGGAAAUGCACAAUGCGGGUAUGAAACCGUCUCAACAAGCCAUUCAUCGCAUCGCGCUUGGACUACUGCACCAACGCUAUGCAUUGCGAAAUGGCGAACCCUUCGGGUCAUAUACUGAUGCGGAUGGAGAAGUCGAUGCAGAAUCUCAAGAUGGAGCUGAAGAGGAGAACGAAGACGAGGAUCCCACAGCAGCAGCAGAGGCAGCGCUUGACUCGGAGCUGUCAGAUUUGCUGAAUGUGUCCGAUCGAGAAGCUAUUGAAGAAGAACUCGAGUUGAGUGGAGCUUUGAAGUUGGAAGGAGAUGACGACAAGCUCAGUGCUGAAACUGCAGCGGCAGCACGGACUUUGUUGCUGGGCUCGGAUGCACCUGUGACUAUGGAAGACCUCAUUGGCUUUCUACAGGACUGGUACAACCUGUACGGCGUAAAGCCCCUCGGCAAGACGGUGGUACCUGUAUUGGCUCAAUUGCUAGACACCAACAACUUUCCGGAAUUCCGCCGGCUAUUGCAGAUUUUGGAAUCCAUGGAAGGGGGUCUUACCCCGGCCACGGAACUUUGGCUCGAAAGGCGCAUCAGUCAGCUUGGUGACAAGACGUUGGACGACUUCCGGCUACCAAAAAGUGAGCUAGCAUCUAGUUUUGUAUAG